AUUAAAUGCUGAUAUAAGCUGAUAUGGUAAGAUUUGAUUUACGUGAGCUCCAAGCGAAAACCAAGUAAGCCCCACCACCUCUUUCUCUCUCUUUUUCUAAACCCAGAAAAUCUCUGGGAAAAUUGGGUGACUCAACAAUUUUUGUUUGGGAAAAUCUUCAAAUGGAUUGAUCAGAGCUCAAAAAUGGAUGGUGGACUCUGUUAAAGAUCCUUUAAUGGAAGCUUUUCUUGGCUCAAUCAUCAAUAAUUAAACCAAAAAAAAAUGCGCAAGUCUUUCAAGGAUUCCCUUAAAGCCCUCGAAGCUGAUAUUCAGUUUGCCAAUACCCUGGCCUCUGAUUACCCUAGAGAAUAUGAUGGUGCCUGCCUUCAAAUGAGACUGUCAUACAGCCCUGCAGCUCAAUUUUGUCUAUUUCUUGUUCAAUGGACUGAUUGUCACCUUGCUGGUGCCUUGGGUUUGCUUAGGAUUCUUAUAUACAAGGCAUAUGAGAAUGGAAAGACUACAAUGUCUAUUCAAGAAAGGAAAGCAACUCUAAAAGAGUUUUACAGUGUCAUAUUUCCUUCUUUAAUGCAACUUGAAAAGGGAAUAACAGAAGUAGAAGAAAGAAAACAGAAGGAAAUGUGUGCCUCUAAGUACAAGAAAAAAGAUGAAUUCCACAAAGGAAAGGUGUCCGAAAUCGAGGCCGAAAGAGAAGAAGAAUGUGGUAUUUGCAUGGAGAUGAGCAGCAAGGUCGUUUUGCCCAAAUGCAGCCAUUCAAUGUGUAUGAAAUGCUACCGAGAUUGGCGAACACGCUCAGAAUCGUGUCCCUUCUGCCGGGACAGCCUCAAAAGGGUCAAUUCAUGUGACCUUUGGAUCUACACAAGUUCCACUGAUAUUAUUGACUUGUCUUCAAUCUCUAGAGAAAAUCUCAUGAGGCUCCUCAAGUACAUUGAUAAGCUACCUCUUAUUGUUCCUGAUCCAGCUUUUGUGUCCUGUGAUCCACAACGAUGAGAAGUAGAAGCCUUUCUUCACAGCAUCAUAUUCUACUACCAAGAUUUGUGUUGGGAUAUAAUUUGUAAGUAGAUAAUAUCUGGUUGGUUGGUUGAUUGUAUAUAAUUCUUGAAACUUUCAAAAGGGUACAUUUUGAAAGGUGUAAAUAUGUGUUCUUUUUUAUUUUACGGGCUCUUUCUCAUUCUGUCAUUGGAAUAUUUUACUUUUUUAGCUCAAUUGUUUGAUUAAUUUUUUUGUUAAUAGAAAAAUGAGAGAUGAUAUUGUGACA